AUGGACCUCCGGCAGUCGAUCGCCGUCCAAACCGACUUCUCCUCGUGGCUCAUGAAGCAACUCAUCUCCACCCGCGUCAAGGACAACAACUUCGUAUUCUCGCCCCUCUCAAUUCAUGUUGUGCUGGCCAUGGUAGCGGUGGGGUCGGGGCCCCCUGCACGCGACCAGCUCCUGCGCUACCUCAUGUUCGAUUCGAUCGAGGAGCUCAAUUCCCUAUCGUCGCAGAUCGCCACACGGCUGCUAGCCGACGGCGGGCCGCUCGGCGGCCCUCUCCUGUCCAUCGCCAACGGGGUUUGGGUCGAACGCAGCCUUGCGCUGAAGCCUGCUUUCAUAGAAACCAUCGAGAAUGCUUACGGAGCGCAUUAG